UAAAAGGUGUGACCGUCUCCGGUUUUUGCGCUGACGUGACGUGACAGUUGAUUUGUUUGAUUAAAAUAAAUAAGGGAAAAAUCGCAGAUAAAUUGAUUAGCGGCGAAAUCAAUCUGUCCGGAACCGGUACCAAGAAAAGAAAAAACAGUUCUCAAAAGGGAAGAGUUCCGGCAGAUCGCUGUAGCAGAAGAGGGAAAGAGAAGGAUAGAGUGAGAGAGAGCUGCACGGGUGAAAUUUCGUGGUUUCGGGAGCCCCUGAGGCCCCCAUAAGAUAUCCAUUCCCCACUGACAAAAUGCUGUGUAUACAAAAUUAGCUAUUAUCGAAAGCAGGCAGCGCAUGUGCCGGCAUCAGAAAAUUACUAUUUAAUAUUUAAGCUUUUGUAAACAAAUUCUGGAGAAGAGACCAAGGUCAAACAAGCUGUCGAAUACGAAUACCUGGUGAAUAGGUUUCGUUUCGUUUCGCUCCGUAGUGCCAGUAAUCCCGAGCAGUUUGCAAUGGACACAACAAGCCAGCUGUUGCCCAAUGGCCAUCUGUCCAGGAAUGGUAAAACCAAAACGGAGGACGAGGAGGAGAUCAAAGUAGAAUCUACAUCAGGUGCAGGUGCUGGAAAAGCACUAACUGGACUAACAGGGCACUCAUCCACAUCCGGUACAUUUAUGAAACUGAAAACUUAUCUCCUAGCUCUGCGUCCCUGGUCGCUGUCCGCCAGUCUAGUGCCUACACUCCUCGGCUCGGCCUUGGCCCACCGCUCCCAGUGGGCGGCAGAGUUUUCGCUGGCCACUUUUUUCCUUACCGCAUUCACAGUGGUCACUGUCCACUGCGCCGGCAACGUCGUAAACACCUACUUCGACUUCAUCAAGGGCAUCGACAAACAGAAGGCCGACGACCGCACGCUGGUGGACCACAUACUCACAAAGGAUGAGGUGGUUUCGCUAGGUGCCAUUUUGUACAUGGCUGGCUGUGGAGGCUUUGUUUUGCUGGCUGUGCUCAGUCCAGCAAAAAUGGAGCACUUGGCACUAAUCUACUUCGGUGGACUGUCCUCCAGUUUUCUGUACACAGGAGGUAUUGGUUUCAAGUAUAUUGCCCUUGGAGAUCUGGUUAUACUGAUACUCUUUGGGCCAAUUUCGGUGCUAUUUGCCUUCAUGUCACAAACUGGUCAUGUAGACUGGACGACAAUGGGCUACGCAAUUCCACUGGCACUAAACACGGAGGCCAUCCUGCACAGCAAUAAUACACGAGAUGCAGACAACGAUCGCCGUGCUGGAAUCGUAACGCUGGCUAUUUUGAUUGGACGCACUGCCUCGCAUGUUUUGUACGCGAUGCUGCUCUUCGCACCAUACUCACUCUUCUUUAUCUUUGGCUUAAAGUACUCCCUGUGGUUUCUGCUGCCACUGGUGACCCUGCCACAAGCCUUCCAAAUAGAGAAACGCUUCCGGAACGAACAGACGAUGCACCUUGUGCCCCGGCAAACGGCUAAACUAAACUUCUUCUUUGGCAUUUUGUAUAUUGUGGCUUGUUGUUGUGCCCAACAGUUGCCCACCUUUGGAUUCCGGAAAAAUUGAUAGACGGAAGAAACUGGGGGCUCUGUCAGAAAAACAAAAUCAGCGCGAAACUGGUGCAAUGGUUUUUAGGGAAUUUCAUUAGAUUUUAGUCAAUGUGUUUGUAGCGAGAAUGGAGAACGAAACUUUGCCAGUUUCUCAAAGUUUGAUGUUGCGCUAAUUUCGAAUGCCUGCUAGUCGCCCUUUAGAGUCUAAACUUCUGAACUGAACAUAUCCUAGCCCUAAUGGGACUAUUUAUUUGACAGAAAAUCUGGAGACUUACUAUAUAAGACACUUUUCAAAAGAGAUUACAGGCCUAAUAUCAGCUCAAGUCUUAAAUUUUUAAAUCCAAACGAUGAAUUAAAAGCACGAUUUAAAUAUAAAUGAUCUGGAAUUUUUCCAGACAAUUUAGCCUAAAUCGGCUUAAUUAAGAGAAACAAAAUCUUAUAAAGCAUGACAAUAUAUUUAAUAUAAACCAUUUAAUUUGUAGAAAGAAACAUGUAUUUUUAAGUUCAGUAACUGAAAAGUAUGAUAUUAGACCUUUAAUUUCUGUAUUGAAAAAUCUUUAAAUUGUCAUAGGAUUGGUUUACUUCCUUCAAUACCAACCAUAACGUAUUCCAAUCGUUUUUAUUUAUUUAACAUCGUCACAAUCUUAAAACCUAAUCUAUUACAACUCAAUUUAAUUUAUAAUCAUACUCUUCCUCUCGCGCGUUGGGAACUACGGACCAAGAAAAUUAUGUGCAGCAGUUACCAGUAAUGCUAAUGCAGCCCCAAUUUAUAUUAUUCUAAAAUAUAUAUCACCACAUUCAUACUGGUGCAGAUACUUAAGUUUCGCAAAUCAAAAUGCAGAUUUACUUUACUAAUAGAAGUGCUUGGAACUGCAGCUAAGUUAAUAGUUUUUUGGCUGGCUUGCUUUUUGUGUAACGAUUGUUAGAGUUUUUACAUAUAGUAUAUACACGAACACGAGCAUAUAUAUUUAUAUACACACAUAUAGAUCAUGUAAGCCCAGUGUCUAGCAGCAAGCUCAGAGUGAGAAUAUCAAAGGGAAAAAUCAAGAAACACCUAAGUAAAACGAAAACAGAACACAAAUUUAAAUUUUUAAAUAACUAUAUACUUAGAUGUCGACGGAGAGGCGAAGGAGCAACAAUUGUUUUCCAUUAAGAAUAGUGUAUGCAUAUAAACAAAUAGCUUUAAAUAACAAACAGAAGAGAAGAAAGCCAAAACCCAUUCACAUUAUAAUCCAUUGUGUAAUUGAACAUUUUUGUGGCAAUAUUUAUUUGUACGCCAGUUUUUGUACAUUCAUUCAUUCAUUCUUUUAUAUAAUGAAUAGAGAAAUGCUUCUGUUGAAAUCGCUCAGCACGAGUUGACUUGAACUAAGUGAAAACUUUGUAGACUACAAAUCAACAACAAGAUGAACAAUAAUAAUUAUAAUGAUAUUGAUAAUUAAAUGUUUAAAUAGAGAAUGUAAAAAUUGAUCUGUGUAAUAUAUUCUGGUAUACAUUUUA